CCACCAAAUCUUCUCUGGCCGCCCUGAAGAGGAGACUUUACGUCCCGCCGCCCUCCUCCUACUCCUCUUACUCCUGCAGCCAGCCAGGUCCUCCUCCUCUCUUCAGAGCCAGCAUCCAGCUCGCCAUUCCAAACAUCGUCCUCAGACCCAGCCUGGAAGACAUCCAGAGUACGGUGAACAGGCUGGUGAGUGUGGUGCUGUCUGUGACUAAAGACAUCCCUCUGUGGACGUUCUCUCACCUGCAGUACAGACAGCAGCAGGUGGAGCAGGCGUCGGGAAGAGACGCAGGAGACGACGUCCCGGUGAAGCCCCCGGUGCUGAGGCCUCUGGACCGACAGCUGGCCGAACACAGAGACGUCAGCAAGUUGGUUUUCCAGCUCAGCUCCAUCGUGUCUUCUCUGAGACCCCAGACUGAGGACACUCUGAAGAAACUUUCUCACUUCUCUACACUGUGGAACCAG